UCUGCUUGUGGAUAUCAUUUUGCAAUGUCUUCGUCAUUUUGCAAAAUCGGAACAGGAUUUUGCUUGUGGAGGAAUACUGGAAUCCAGUCAAAAUGUAUCGGAGCGGGCCGAAAUGACCGGAACGGUAAAUCCACCUAAACUAUUAACAGUAUUACUUUUCCUGUGCCGAUCAAUGUUCCGGUACCUCAAAUUUCGAUCGGAAUUGUGGUCAUUGGUGAUUGACGUCCUGGCAAUUCUUCCAGUCCCACAGGUGCUACUUCCAAUUAUCUUUUCAAAACUGAGAGGUUCCGAAUCUUUGAACAAAAGGAAAGUCUUGACAGCUGUUGUUCUAUUCCAAUAUCUGCCAAGAGCUAUUCGUAUCUACCUGUCAUCAGUCUCAUGGAGAAAUGCAUUCACCCACGACGGCGGAUCGAGAGACAAACUAUCUAAAAGCGCCAUAGCAGUGAAAGCUGGAUUCAACUUGUUUAUGUUCAUUGUUGCCAGUCAUAUACUGGGUGCCAUUUGGUACUUUUUCUCCGUCGAGCGAGAGACAGCUUGCUGGCACCUCGCCUGUGAAAAUCAUAUUGAAUGCAAUCGAAGUUCUUUUUACUGUAACCACGGAAGUUUUGGCAAUUACACAUUUUUAAACGAUCAUUGUCCUAUACAAACCCCAAAUACAACGGUCUUUGAUUUUGGAAUAUUCCAAGGAGCGCUUCAAUCUGGUACAGUGGCGUCCACGGAUUUUCCACGAAAGAUCUUGUACUGCUUCUGGUGGGGCCUCCGAAAUUUGAGUUCUUUUGGUUCAAACCUUCAAACAAGUACGCAUUUCUGGGAGAACUGCUUCUCAGUUUUAACUGCCAUCUCUGGCUUGCUACUGUUUACGUACUUCCUUGGACGUUUGCAGAUGUAUAUGCACUUGGAGGCAUCUAGAAAGUGGGAUGAAGCUCACCAAAGGCAGAAGAAAGCAAAGCAACUUGAGAAACUUAAGAAGAGGUGGGAAUAUAAGAUCAUGAAAGCCCGAAAAUUAAGGAAAAUACGUGAGUGGAUAGACAGACAACCGCAGCUUAGAGAAAUUAAAGGGACGAUCAUAAACCAAGUAGACCGAAUGUUUACAGAGAAAGAAAACUUUAUCAUGUCCAGGGCAGAAGAAAAUCUUUUCGACGCAAAAUACAUGAUAUCUCCUAGUAAAUAUGAAGAUGUUGUUGAUGCAGAGAAUCCGUUUCCUCGUUUUCCCCUGUUCACUAGAAGAAAAAUUCUGCGCCAUAUCUGCCUACCGCUACUACAGAAAGUGCCCAAGUUUCGAGAAGCAAGUCACAGGCAAUUGCAACUCAUCUGCGAAUAUAUCAAGCUAGUGUACUACAGUCAAGAUACCUACAUUAUUCGGGAGGGAGAACCACUUGAUCGAAUGCUCUUCAUCACAAAUGGCAUUCUUUGGAAAUUUGCAACCACAAAUAAUAAUGUUGUGGGAAGUACUGUCUCCUCAAGCCGCGGGGAGUGUAUUGAAGAAGGUUGUUACUGUGGAGAAGAAAUUCUAAACUGGGGGUUCCAUGGCUUCUCCCAACAGGUCGUGCCCAACCUAUCCGACCUCCCAAUCUCUGACAAAACCCUCAAAACCCAUACAAAAGUUGAAGCCUUUGCUCUAAUGGCGAACGACUUGAAGGCUUUAGCCUCCAGGUUUGCCGGCCCAACACCUACAGAAGCAGUCCUUAUGAUACAAGAAGCUUGGCGCCGCAACAAAAAAGUACGCAAUUGGCGAUCGAGAGCUAGCAAUACCUAGCUGGCAUGCACUCGAUCGUUGUGGUUUAGGAUUAGUACUCCUUUUAUCCAGCAGCUGCUUGCCUGCUUGUUGAAAUGCAAUAGUUUGUUUUUAAGGGCGUGUAUCAAUAAGUUGUAUGCGUACGAAAAUCAACCA